ACAGACACCAGAGAUUUCAUGGAUCAGCAAAGCGUGCUGCUGUCAGGAGAUGAUGGAGACCCGUCUGAAGUCAUCGGCCAGAUGCUGCUGAGGGUCCAGGAUGUCGUUGCCAUGGCAAUGUUACGGGCUCGCCGCAGAGCUGUUCAGGGCUUCGUCGUGUUCUCCGUCAUAUUCCUGCUCCUCUUCCUCGCUGCCUUUUUAUAUGGGAGUUUCUACUACACCUACAUGCCCAAGGCAUCCUUUUCCACCCCUGUGCACUAUUACUACAGGACAGAUUGUGGACCUUCUGCUUCAUCUCUGUGCUCUUAUCCUGUGGCCAACGUCUCCCUGAUGAAGAACAAAAGACAUGUGCUGACUUUUGGCCAGGCUUACCAGAUAUCUUUGCAGCUGGAGAUGCCUGAUUCUCCAGUCAAUCACGACCUGGGGAUGUUCAUGAUCAAGACGACCUGUUUCGCUCAAGAUGGAGGCCAGCUCGCCUCCUCUGCACGUUCUGCGAGACAGCUGCUGUCUGCCUCCAGCUCUCGCUUUGGAAUACUGAGGUACCGGUCAGACCUGCUGAAGACUUUGGGAACGCUGCUGUUCCUGCCGGCCUUUCUGAGUGGAGUGUCUGAGCAGAAACAAGUGCUGGAAGUGGAACUGUUCUCACACUACGUAGAUGACCCCUAUUCUCCCUCGUCUACGGCUGUGAUUGAAAUCAUCUCCCACAAGGUCCAGAUCUACGCUUCUCAGCUGAAUAUUCACGCCCAUUUUACCGGUCUCAGAUAUUUGCUUUUCUACUUCCCCUUGCUCUCUGCCUUGGUGGGCGUGGCCAGUAACUUCAUCUUCCUCAGCCUCCUCUUCAUCUUCAGCUACACCAGGCUGGCAAUGCAAGUGGACUGGAACCCAGGGGAGCUCAGAACGGACGGACACCGGUCAGAGAUGACGGAGGUUACAAAGGACCAGCAGGAGGAUGAAAGUGAUGUUGCUGACGGUAUACAGAAAUGACAAAGACGUGGCUUUUCACAAAGUCACUUGGCACUGACAACGUGAGUGUGUUUGACUGCAGGAGAAAAUUCUUUGACAGGUACUGCAGAGCAGCUGCGGGAUUAAUCCCUCGGAUCUGAGCCAGGAGGAGAUACACACUUGAAGUAAAUGAAUACCGAACUGCCUGAGACCAGGUUUUUAAAUAUUGUAAGGUUACAACAGUGUAAUGCCUUUUAUUCUCGUUUAGAAAUAGUCAUCAAAAUAAAAUACAAUGCUAACACAACUUCAUGAAAUGUGUUUCACAUGUUAAACAUCACAGCUACAAAUUAUACAAAGCGCUUCAAUAAAUCAUCUCUAUAAAACAUUUUCUCAGAAUCACCUUAAAAUGUAGUAUUACAACAGUUUGGAUCUUCACAUUUGCAAAAAUAAUAAUAAUAAUUCUGUAAUAAUCUGUAUUUCUUGCAAGCUUUAUC